GCUUUGAGCUUGUAAUUGGUUCGGUUAUGUUAUGAUUUGUGCAUUACUACUCUUUUAUACAGACUGUGUCCAGUGGAGGAAAAUUUUAUCACAAAACUCUCGUCUGAUGGAUUUUUUACCCUGGCUAGCUUCAAUAAAAUAUUCAAACACUAUGAUCGGGAUAACAAUGGAUCAAUUGAUGGCGAUGAAAUUCCGGGAUUGAUUCGAGAUUUAGUGGAAGGAUCUGGCAGUACAAUUACUCCUCAAAAACUUGAGGAUUAUACGGCUACGUUCAUAGACCUAUUUGAUAAAAAUAAAGAUGGCAAGUUCCAGAAGAAAGAGCUUUUGAUGGUACUUCCUAUCGAAGACAACUUUUUGAGCAAGUUUCUGUCUCUUCGAACUUUGACAGUGGAUAACUUCAAUAAAGUAUUCCAACACUAUGAUCGGGAUAACAGCGGCGCAAUUAAUGGUGAUGAAAUAGCAGAAUUUUUUACAGAUUUAGUGGAAGUAACAAGUCAUGAUUUUGAUGCCCAAAAAGUUGAAGAGGUGAUUGCUUUUAUGAAAAAAAAAUGUGAUAAGAAUAAAGACGGCAAGUUCCAGAAGGACGAACUUAUGGCGUUUCUUUCCCUCGGUUCCGAGUAGUUUUUUCUUUUUUUUUUACUUUUUUGAGUUGACUCAAUCCUGGCAAAGGCCUAAUUACGGUCAUAGUUAGUUGUACAUUUAAGUUAACCGUUAGAGUGUAUUUAUAACAUUUAACGGCUUUACUUAUGCCUAAUUUGAAUUAACGUAUUAAAUUUCUUCUUAAUGAAUGCGGUUUUAAGCUCGACAAUGCGUAAGUUACUUGCAAUUUGGAAAAUUAUAUUUCAAAUAUUAUUAUCUGAAUUUAAGAGUAUAGGUUGUGUCGAAUUUUAUAAUAUAAAAAC